AUGGCCAUAAUACGGUAUCAACUUGAAGAGCUUUUGCAGCUUCGCGAUUCGCCCUUGGUAGCUAGGCCGGAUAGCCUGCCACCUAUUGAAGAAUGGAUGGGCCCUAUCCCAGACCCCACGACCCAGAGGAAAAGCACCAGAGACCAACCAACUCAACCAGAAACAAAUCACCAACGACGGUCCAGUCUUUUUGAAGCACGUCACAUCUCGCGGGCCUCCGGUUCAGAAAAUCUUGUUCUCGGCCCCCCGAAAACGUCAUUUGCAUCUGCUACUAGAAACUCGGGCAAAACAGUGGAAACCACAGAUAAAUCCCUGCCAAAAACCAAUGGCCAAGAUGACCCGAAACAAGACCGCUAUGGCGGCCUUCGUGAGAAAUUUUUUAAGGAGAGGGAGUACGGCGAUAAGGAUAGGGAUUUCGACAGAAGAGAUACUCGAGCGCUUCAGGCCAAUGGCCGUCGAAUAACCCGGGAGGACCGAGAAGAUUGGAACGGUAGACAACGACGUAAUUUUGGACAAGAUGAAGAUCGUGACAGGAGGCUGAGGAGAAGUGGUGAUAUAGAACGUUGGGAUGGCAGGGAAAGUCGUGAUCAGCAAGAUGGAAAUGAGCGCUCAAACAGAGACCAGGGAAGAUUCUCUGGCCGUCGGGAUACUCAGGGCAGAACAAGACAUGAUCAGCCAUGGCAUCGUGACGGAGAGACUCAAGAUACUGUAGAUGCAGAGGAAGAAAAGACGCCCAUUCGAAAUCGGGAAUGGCGUCGUGGUUUACAUGGUCAAGACCGCGACUGGGGCAGGUCUGUAAAACAAGAACAAGACCCUGAAUGGAUGGACUCUACCAGUCGUACUGACACGAAGGAGGCCCACACUCAAGAAGAUUUCCAACGAUGGAAAGAAAGAAUGAAAGCUGGGGCAGGGCAAACCCCCACUGAUGUGAAGAAAGAGAGUGGCCCAGAACCGCCCAAUGAGGAGGCCAAAAAGUCAGAGAUGAGACGCGAGGGUGAGAUUUUCAGUGACUUUGAACCGUCCUUCCGCGCAGAGACUGGUUUGGACAACUUCUUUGACUUCUGGGGAACAGCUAAAUCGGGCCAAGAUGCAGUUGUAGGUGAUAUUGAUGCUAGAAAGGAAACUGCGCCGAAACCAGCGAAGGCUUCGAGGUUUGCAGGUUUUUUUCAUACCCAAGCAGAGCCGAAAGAGGCGGAAAUCUCUCAAGUGAAUAUUCCCCGGCCUUCUUCAACCGACGCCGAUCAAGAAGGGUUUCAGCGGAUUCUCCAAAUGCUUGGCGGCAACAAAUCGCGGAAUGCAACUCCGCGGGUUGAAGAGCCCAGCCAACCUCAACCUCAGACUGUUUCUCUACUGCAAACAGCUCUUGAAAGGGGAUCGAACCCACCGAAGUCAGCGGCACAAGAAAAUUUUGAGCGACUUGAGUAUAUGAAUGCUCAAGAGCAGGUUCCAAGGGACAGAGUCCCACCAGGCCCAGACAACACCGCCCCGAUAAAGAUAUCCAAAGACAACAAUGCCCCACGUAAUGGCACCGACCUUCUAUUGCAGCUCAUGCAGCAGUCAAAAAUCGCUGCGCAAGUACCAGCUGGUCAAAACCACCAUCCUCUGCAACGCCCUGGUAGCCAGAAUUUGCCGGAAACGGUCGCCAGAAAUCAUGGAAUCCAGAGUCAUAAGGUGCCGGGGUAUGCGGAAGACCCUACUCUUUCAAAUUUCCGCCGACCAGAUGUCAACGAUCCGCGAAGCCAACUACGGCGGAGACCAACAGGAGGACCAGUAGGCUUUUUUGAAGAAAUGCACUCCUAUCCUGGAGCCUCAGGUGGCAGCCAUACAGUCGGUAACCCUCCAGAUAUUCGCCAAGGCCCACCACAGCAUUCUAUGGGAAUGCACCGUCCUCCUGGCUUGGACCAGAUGCUGCCCCCAGGUUGGCCGCACCAGCCUAUUCAGCAAGGCAAUUCGAUAAACCCCGUCAUGUUCCCUCCCGGCCUGCCCACACCGCAAGCGCGAAAUAUGAACCAGUCUUACGCCUCUGCCCCUCCAAUGCCAUUGCCGGCCGGAAUUCCAGCACCGGCUGACCGCCCACCUUUCCAGCGCGGCGUGAGUGCAAAUGCCUCUGCCGGAUUUGCUCCACCGCCCCCUGGAAUAUUACCACCCCCUGGCUACUUGCACAUGAAUGCUCCACCCCCUCCUCCGCCACCUGGCCCAGGUUUCCCUCCUCUGCAACAUUCAAAUGAAGCAAUGAUGGGCAUGUCUCAUGGACAUCCUGGUCACUACGGAUCAGGCCCUCACCAGGCGCCCCCUCAAUCUGCUAAGCAGCUACUUGACAUGUUUAUGCAUUUCACCGGCAACCCAGGAGAUGGACAAGUUGGGCCACGGAACAAUGCGGGAAUGAUGGGCCCGGCAGGUCAUUAUCGCUAA